ACUCAUAGCAGAGACGUCCGGCCGAGGCUAUUUUAUACUCCGUAUUAUAUAAAUAUAUAUAGACAGAUAUAUAUGGGAGAGAGAGAGAUAUAGAGAGAGAAAGAGUCAUUACGUUCACGGUGGAGGAAUGCUGGAGAUUUGGUACAUUUUUGAAAUCAAUUGACGGAUUACCAGCCUCCGGUCUGCUGUUACAGGCAUCGACCCGAAGGCUGGUUCCGUAAUUCGGAAAGUACCCGAUUGUUCUCGAGGGCUUCCUUUACCGUCCCAUUUUGUGUCCUUGAGAAAUUUUGGGUUUUAGAUUGGUAAAGAAGGGAAAGGAAGUGUAUAACUUUGAAGGAAAUAUAUAAAUUUUGGGUGAUUGUACAUAUUUGGGAUUCAAAAUGAGCGUUGUUUCCGGCAUAAUUUCAAGGCAAGUUUUGCCAGCAUGCGGUAGCCUUUGUUUUUUCUGCCCGGCAAUGCGGGCGAGGUCUAGGCAGCCGGUGAAGAGGUAUAAGAAGCUAAUUGCAGAUAUUUUUCCUCGAUCCCAGGAAGAAGAACCCAAUGACCGGAAGAUUGGAAAAUUGUGUGACUAUGCUGCAAAAAAUCCUAUGCGUAUCCCGAAGAUCACAAAUUCACUUGAGCAACGGUGUUACAAGGAAUUGAGAAGUGAGAAUUUUCGAUCUGCGAAAAUUGUCAUGAGUAUUUACAGGAAGUUGUUAAUUUCUUGUAAGGAGCAAAUGCCUCUAUUUGCAAGUAGUUUACUAAAUAUCGUGCACACUCUGCUGGAUCAAACACGUGAGGAUGAUAUGCGAAUUAUAGGAUGCCAAACUCUGUUUGAUUUUGUGAAUAAUCAGAGAGAUGGGACUUAUAUGUUUAACUUUGAAGGAUUUGUUCCAAAACUCUGUCAACUAGCUCAAGAAAUGGGGGAAGAUGAUAGGGCAAAUCAUCUUCGUUCGGCUGGGCUACAAUCCCUUUCUUCAAUGGUUUGGUUCAUGGGUGAAUACUCCCACAUUUCGGUUGAGAUCGAUAAUAUUGUUACUGUAGUCUUGGAAAAUUAUGGAGGCUCUACUAAAGAGUCUAGAGACUCAGAGAACCCAAACCAGAAGCGGUGGGUACAAGAAGUGCUUAAAGUUGAGGGUCAUGUCUCUCCUUCACCUGAAGUUGUGAUGAGGGUUCCUCCUUGGAAGACAAUUGUGAACGAUAAAGGCGAAGCAAAUGUGACAGGGGAAGAUGCAAAGAACCCUUGUUUUUGGUCCAGGGUAUGCCUGAAUAACAUGGCCAAGCUGGGCAGGGAGGCUACAACCAUGCGGCGUGUUCUAGAAUCGUUGUUCCGCUAUUUUGAUAAUGGAAAUCUAUGGCAUGGGCUUGCCUUUCCUGUCCUGAAGGAUAUGCAGAUUCUAAUGGAUGAUUCUGGAGAAAAUACUCAGGUUUUGCUGUCGAUAUUAAUCAAGCAUCUUGAUCACAAAAAUGUCCUCAAACAACCUGAUAUGCAGCUUGACAUUGUUGACGUUGCCACCUCCCUUGCUCGACACAUAAAGGUCCAGCAUUCUUCAGCUAUAACGGGUGCAAUAAGUGAUAUUAUGAGGCAUCUGCGGAAAAGCAUUCACUAUUCACUUGAUGAUGCAAAUCUAGGAGCUGAAAUAAUUAAAUGGAACAAAGAAUUUCGAGAAGCAGUGGAUGAGUGCCUUGCGGAGUUAACCUAUAAGGUUGGAGAUGCGAGCCCAAUUCUUGACGUUAUGGCUGUGAUGUUGGAGAACAUAUCAAAUAUUACUGUUAUGGCAAGAACUACUGUUUCUGCUGUUUAUCGUACCGCUCAAAUUGUAGCCUCUAUACCAAAUUUGACAUAUCAAAACAAGGCAUUUCCUGAGGCUUUAUUUCACCAGUUACUCCCAGCUAUGGCUCAUCCAGACCAUGAAACAAGAGUUGGAGCUCACCAGAUCUUUUCUGUUGUUCUUGUGCCAUCUUCAGUUUGCCCUCGUCCCCACUCAGUUGUACCUGGGUCAAAGCAUGCUGCUGAACUUUCAAGAACGCUCUCAAGAACUGUUUCUGUCUUUUCUUCUUCAGCUGCCAUUUUUGAGAAAUUGAGAAAUGAGAGGUCUUCUUCAAGGAAAAUUGUUAGUCAGGACAACAAAGAAAUAGUUGUCACUGAGGGGGAACAAAGAAACAACACUAAUGGCAUGCUGAACAGAAUCAAGUCAACUUAUAGUCGAACAUACACUUUCAAAAAUUCACCUGGACUUCAAAAAGCAGAUGGAGAUUCUACGAGCAAUUCAAACAAGGAAUUGGAGACGGUUUCCCUUAGACUGAGUACCCACCAGAUUACCCUCCUGCUUUCAUCAAUUUGGGCACAAUCCAUCUCCCCUGCAAAUACGCCUGAAAACUAUGAAGCAAUUGCCCAUACAUACAGCCUGGUAUUGCUGUUCUCUCGAGCAAAGAAUUCCAGUCAUGAGGCUCUAGUUCGAAGUUUUCAGUUAGCGUUUUCCUUAAGAAGCAUUUCUCUAGUAGAAGGAGGGCCACUGCCACCUUCACGUCGCAGAUCCCUCUUUACCUUGGCAACUUCUAUGAUUAUAUUUUCAUCGAAAGCAUACAAUAUCCUUCCUCUUGUUGCGUGUGUCAAGGCUGCACUUACAGAUAAAACGGUUGAUCCAUUUCUGCAUUUGGUUGAAGAUCGCAAGUUACAGGCUGUUAAUACUGGAACUCACCAUCCCAUAAAUGCUUAUGGAUCUAAAGAAGAUGAUAAGUCGGCUUUGAAAUUUCUUUCAGAAAUAGGAACUACUGAGGACCAGACUACAGAAUCCUUGGCUUCUGUGAUUGUGAAGAAUUUGGAAAAUUUAUCAAAGUCUGAAUUGUCCACUAUAAGGGAGCAGUUGCUCAAUGUCUUUUUACCUGAUGAUGUGUGUCCUCUGGGAGCCCAUUCGUUCACUGACGCUCCCCGAACAAUAUAUCAGUUUGAUUCAAACAACCAUAAAUCUCCGGAGGAGGCUGGUCCAAUUUUCUCAAUAGAGGAUGCCACACUCGCAGAUUCAUUUGAAAAUCAAGCCGAACAUAAUGCACGGUUGGCCAUCGAAACCUCCAAUCUCUUGAGUGUCAAUCAACUUCUAGAAUCAGUCUUGGAGGUUGGACAUCAAGUUGGGAGACUCUCUGUCAGCACUGCACUAGAUGUGUCUUACAAGGAAAUGGCUGGUCAUUGCGAGGCACUUUUGGCGGGAAAGCAGGAGAAGAUGUCCUACUUGAUGAGCAGCCAACAAAGACAAGAAAGUGUAUUGAGCUGGGCAUCAGAAAACUAUGACAAAGAGGAGAGAAAGGCAGGUUCUCAUGCCAUUGUUAACGGGGGUUUCCAAGGGGUGGGAAAUCCUUUUCUGGAUCAGAAAACUCCAAAUCCAGACAUAACAUCUCUGGGCACUGUUACCAUGCCGUGUGCAACUGAAUACCAGCAUAAUCCUCAUGCCUUCAGGCUACCUGCAUCAAGUCCAUAUGAUAACUUCUUAAAAGCUGCUGGAUGUUGAUCCAAUAGAAGUAUGGGAUCACACAACGUCUUGAGCCAUAAUACUUUAAAGGCAUUGAUGCUGCAAGUGUUGAGCUGACUCCCAUGCCCGCAGGUUUUGAUUGUGCAGCAUCAUGUGCUCUCGGGAUUACAUGGUUUUGCUACUUGGCAGUUGGGUGAAUGACAGUCAAGAUUUGUGAUCAGGAUUGAUUGAGUCGGUCACUUGCUCAGGCUACAUUCUUUCAUUCUUUUCAUCUUUUCCCCCUCUUUUUGCAACAUUUGAUUUGUGUCAGGCCACAUGGGUGAGGCAUCUUCCAGAUUUCUUCCCCAACGACGGGUACGAAGUUUCGGCAAUGUGUUAGGGUUUUCCAAUCCUGGUUUAAUUGAUUUGAUGUAUAGAAAACAAAUUUUAAUUAGUGAUUUUCGUUCCAUCGUUAUGAUGGGAGUAUACUUGAACUGCAUUCGUAUAUUUGCGAAAUUAAGUUCAGUAAGUCAUAUAUAAUAUUCUGGGAUAAUAGACCCAUAUGAUAAAA